AUGGCAGCCGCGGUCAACUGGCCGCGCCGCCCGCACGAAGGCGGCGACCGGCCGGGCGGGAUGAGCGCGGCGGCCGAGGUGGAGGAGCAGGUCGCGCGGCGCUACGAGAUCAAGCGGCGCCUCGGCAAGGGGGCCUACGGGAUCGUGUGGAAGGCGGUGGACCGCAAGACCGGCGCCGUCGUGGCCGUCAAGAAGAUCUUCGACGCCUUCCGGAACCGCACCGACGCGCAGAGGACCUUCCGGGAGAUCAUGUUCCUCCAGGAAUUUGGAGAGCAUCCCAACAUCAUCCGACUCCUGAACGUCAUCCGGGCUCAGAACGACAAGGACAUUUACCUGGUCUUUGAGUCCAUGGAGACUGACUUGCAUGCAGUGAUCAAGAAAGGGAAUUUACUGAAAGAUAUUCACAAGUGCUACAUUUUGUAUCAGCUCCUGAAAGCCACCAAAUUCAUCCACUCUGGAAAUGUCAUUCACAGGGACCAGAAGCCUUCCAACAUCCUGCUGGAUGCUGACUGCUUUGUUAAACUGUGUGACUUUGGACUGGCGCGUUCCCUGUGCCAGCUCCACAAAGAGCAGGGGAUCGCUGCUCUCACCGAGUAUGUAGCUACUCGCUGGUACCGGGCUCCCGAGAUCCUGCUUGCCUCUCACAGCUACACCAAGGGCGUGGACAUGUGGAGCAUCGGCUGCAUCCUGGGGGAGAUGCUUCUGGGGAAGCCGCUGUUCCCAGGCACGUCCACAGUCCAUCAGAUCGAGCAGAUCCUGCGGGUUGUUCCUCCGCCAUCCCCAGAAGAUGUGGCGGCUUUCCAUUCAGACUAUAGAGCCUCUCUCAUCAACCGCCUGAGCAGCCAGCAGCAGGCGACCUUUGAGGACCUCUUGCCCACCUCCACCCCCCCACAGGCCUUGGACCUCCUGAAGCGACUCCUGGUGUUCAGCCCUGAGAAGCGGCUUACAGUGGAAGAGGCACUGGAGCAUCCCUAUGUGCAACGGUUCCGCUGUCCCGCCAAGGAGCCUGCGCUCGGCUACAGCGUCAUUCUGCCUCUGGAUGACGACGUGCAGCUCUCUGUGGCCGAGUAUCGCAACAAGCUGUAUGAGGUGAUCUUGGACCGGAAGACCAGGAACCAGCGUCAGAGACAGCAGCAGCUCCAGCGGGAGCGUCUUCAGCCGGCCUUCGCUCCUCUCAAAGCCCGCAGCAAGGCCCAGGGAGGGCCACAGCCCUUUCCACCCGGUGGCUCCCCCCACGGCGUGGGGGCCAGUGAGGAAUGCAGCCUGUGCCCGAGGCCAGAGACCAGCUCCUCAGCCUGUAAUCCCACGGGCACCCAUGGUGAUCUGGCUCCUGGCAGCACAGCGACAAGGAAUCGCGGUGUGUCGUGCCUUCCCCAGCGGGCUGCUUCCCUCAACCCGCGAGUGAGGAGGCAGCUGUCCCCUGCGCCAGGGAGCACCCUGGGCCCUGCAGCAGACGCGCCCCGUCUCCACGGGGUUGCAGAAGGGCUGGAGAGACAAAAUCCAGCUGUUCCUCACUCCAGACUCCUGCUGGGCCAGGCUCAGGAAGCAGCUCUUAAUCACUCCUUGAUGAGGAAGGUCUCUUUGCUCACCAAGACCGGAGUGAAUCCAGGGAGCUCUGAGUCCCAUGGAAGGGAAGCUCAUCCUUUUCCAAAGCCCUGUAAAAAGAUGUUCCAGGUUACAGCAAAUGUGGGGACAGCUGGCGAUGCCAAGGCCUGCCUGGGCAGUUAUUCCCAAUCCUAUGGGACCAUCUGCAAGUCUGCUCUGCAGAGCCUUCCUGUCUCAGCUGCUUGCCGGCAGCUGCUCGCUCCCAGUGCCCAGCAGUCCUGAGUGCCCCGGAAGCAGAGUGCAGAUCCUCUUACAGAACCGCACGGGAAGGUGUCCUCCUCCUUCCUUCAUGUGGAAGCCUGAGCAGGACUCUGGGCUGAAGGGGUGUGCGCGCGGCUGCUCCUCCAACAGCUCCACAUUGCAUCGUUCAUUCGAGUGCCGGAGGAAGGGCAGGUCUAAAACAAAUGUCCGCAACCACAAGAGACAGAGAACAUGCUCAUUGCUCUGGAACGCCUUGCCUGGCUGCCUGUGGGCCUGUCAGGUAGUCUUUCCUCUCCUGCCCCCUCCC